GCCAAAUUCCCUCCCGCCAGUCUGACGCAGACUCUUAGUCCUCCUAGUGAUCACUGAACUCGCAGUUUAUCAAGCGCAACUUGUACCCAAGUUAGAACCAUGGCUGCGGGAGUGAAGCGCAAGCGUACCGAGGGAGCCCCAGAGCGCGCCGUAACCGUGGCGCCAAAGGCGGCCAGAACCGCUUCUGCGCGCGCGGUCGCUGACGGGUCCCCGCCUGUCCCUCCCGACAUGGAGGCGCAGCUGCAGCGCAUCGCGGCGUCGAACCGCACGCCUUUUGAGAAGAAAGUGUGGACGCUGCUGUGCCAGAUCCCGCGGGGCCGGGUGUCGACGUACGGGCUGGUGUCGGCGCAGCUGGGGUCGUCGGCGCGGGCGGUGGGCGGCGCGCUGCGGCGGAACCCGUUCGCGCCGCAGGUGCCGUGCCACCGCGUCGUGGCGGCGGGCGGCGGGCUCGGCGGCUUCCGGGGCCAGCGACCGCGCAGCGGCGAGGGCGUCACCCUCGACGAGAAGCGCCGGCUGCUGCGCGCCGAGGGCGUCCGGUUCGACGACAGGGGCAGGGUCCUCGGCACGCCCUGGGCCGCGUUCGUCUAG